CUCGCCUGACCGUGUCCUACUGCCGGAGCAGCGGCCCUGGAGGGCAGCACGUUAAUAAAGUGAAUAGCAAGGCGGAAGUUCGGUUCCACCUGGCAUCAGCAGACUGGAUCCCAGAAGCUGUGAGACAAAAGAUGGCAUCGAUGCACAGGAACAAGAUAAACCGAGCUGGUGAGCUGAUUGUGAACUCUGAAGAGAGCCGCUACCAAAUGAGGAACCUGGCAAUUUGUUUAGAAAAAAUCAGAACCAUGGUCACGGAGGCUACCGAGAAGCCCAAGGUGGUGUCUAAGGAGACUACACAGCAAUUCAUAGAGAGGGUAGAAAAAAUGAACCGUGAACGACUACGACAGAAAAAGAUACACUCAAAUAUAAAACAGAGCAGGAAGGCAGACUUUGACUGAGAACAGCGGAGAUCAAAGUCCUCAGCGAACCAUUUUUUUAAAGAGAUGGCGUUGGCAGCUGUAGAUGAUGCUAACUCAUGAGCUAUAUUGAAUAAAAAUGGUCUAAGCAUGUAAAUAAAAA